AUGGCAGUUACCACAGGGCAGUCGAUAAAAGAUAUGAGGCAGAAAUUUGUGAAGGAGACACUAUGGCCACGCAUCAUCAAGCCAUGGAUAUUAGUCCCUUUGAGUAUCGUGAUAUUGCUCUACUACGUCGUCGCCCUAGAUGCCCUCAUUAGACUGGGAAACACCGUUUUCCCAUCUAGUGUCGCUGGCCUUCUCAUACUGUGGUUCGGGAUCAUGUUCCUUGACGUGGUCCUUCCCAAGCCAUGGAUGGAAAAGGUCCUCGCUGUCAUUGAUAUCGGCACCGGUUUCUGUCUUAGGACUAUGAAUCUGUACUUCACAUCUUCAUUUAUCCUCUUACCGCUCAGCCCUGCCAUUAGCGGUGGUGAAGUCGGCAAGAUGAUUGUCGUCUUCAUCGUCGGGUAUGUGGCGCAGUAUGUUGUCACGGCAUAUACCUCACGGCUGUUGCAGCUUGGCAUGAAAAAGGUGCGACGAAGCGAAUUUGUGGCGACUGAAGAUGAGGCUGAGUCUGAGACUCAAGACUCUCUGCCAGUGCAUGAGCACGACACUGUAUCUGAGCGCAUGGCCGAGGACGAAGAGAAGAGGGCUAGUGAGUCGAGUCAAGCGCCUAUGUUGAGUGAGCUGGGUUCUCAAGCUUCGAGGGAGCUUAGUGUGGAGAAGGGUGAGAAGGGGAAGGUCCAUCCACAGGUGAUGUUGGACUUUGUGAAGGGCUGGGAGGUGCAUACAUGGGCGUACCUGUUCUUCUUUGUGUUUAUCGGCAUACCCAUCUACUAUGCGACAGGAUAUACGAUGCCGAUCUUCCUGUCGCUGACGGUGCUUUGCUUUUUGAUGGCGAAUGCUGUUCCAAAGAAGAUCCAGCGCGUAGCACAUCCGGUGCUCGUUACUGCGUUGCUGGUCGUGCUGCUGUCAUGGGUCAUCUUGUUGACGAAACAGCGUUCCCUUCAAGAUGGCCUGAGAGAUUAUAAGACAAAUACAUCAUACAUACGAUACUUCAGAGGCGAAAAAGGUCUGCCACUCCCCGGCGCCGGCGACAUCCUGUCCAGCAUGCUCGACGCCAGCAUCGUCGCCCUGGCCAUGCCCAUGUACCAAUACCGCCGCGAACUCUGGUACUUCUUCGUCGCCAUAUUCAUCCCCAACCUCGCACUCGCCCUGCCCUCCCUCUUCAUCUACCCCAUCGUCUGCCACGCAAUCGGCCUCUCCCCUGCGCGCGCCCUCGCCUUCGCCCCUCGCUCCGUCCCACUUUCACUCGCACAAGUCUCCGCCAGAAACCUGGGCGCCGACAUGAACGCCAUCUCGCCCAUCGUCGUCGUCGGCGGGAUCUCGGGGCCCAUUUUCGGGCCCACGUUGCUGUGGCUACUGCGGAUUCCACAGGGCGUCGUCCUGGGCGCUAAUAGCUCCGCGAUUGCAGUCGCGAUGCUACUCGACAAGGACAAGCGCGCUGCUGCGCUCGCAUCGCUGUCAAUGAGCAUCUAUGGCAUCCUGUUUGUCGUGCUUACGGUCAUUCCGCCGCUCGUUGCAUAUGUGAGAGGACUGGUUGGGCUUGCGCCGCUCUGACAGCGCCUCGAUCAGCCGUGACACGGCGACAAGCACAAUCCACAGAUAUCCAUCCAUCCCGUACCAUCCCAUUUCUUUGCCGUGCGGGAAACAGUACAACAAAUACCCGGUACGUACCCCAAGCACAAAAGCCGCGAGGUUUUGGGAAAGGUCAGAUUUAGGGGGCGGCCAAGAAGAGCACGCAUGCAGGAAGCGGGCCGGGCAAUUCCUUCCGUCUCUCCAUCCGGUCCAUCUAAUCCAGCCCUUGUCGAGCCAGCUAGCCAAAAGCAAAGGGGCCAGCCAGGCUCGGCCGAGUGGAUCCAUGUGGCGUGCCCGCAUCCGUCCGUACCUUGGUCUUUUUGGCGCAACGCUUCGCACGCGUUGUGCGUGCAUCACUGCAUCACUGCAUCACACGUUACCUAUACUUCUCUUAUUCUCAAGAC